UCAAUAUGGUGGGUUUAGGAGGUUGUGGGUGUGAAUGGGCAUGGGCUUUGGUGAAAUGGGCGGCAUUGGUCUUCGCACUCGUGCUGUUGUAUGUUUUACAUGUCAUGGUCCUCAAGCCAUAUCUGUUCUACAGGAAGUACAAGCAGUACCCUAAUGUCAAGUCAAGAGAGUCCUUCUUGCCAAUCCUUGGGGAUAUUAAGGAGCAUGUGGAUUGAAUGAAGAACAAUGGAGCUCACUAUGUGUAUAUGAAAAAUAGAGCAGAUGAGUUCAAUAAGUAUGAUCUGAGAGCUAAGCUAGAUGGAGUAGACCCAAAUAUUAUGAUUCAAAGUAAUAAAGCUCUAGAAGAAUUUGUUAGCAUGCAAGGCACCAAAAUAGAUAAAAUAGAUACAACUGUUGGACCUUCUGCUGUAAUUUUAAAAUCGAUUAUCACCAACCAGUCUUCUCCAGAAGUAAUGAGAAGGAAGAAAAGCAUGCUCUCUUGGCUUGCUCUCAAUUCUGCUUCUCGUUAUAUUCUGGAUAUGAUCAAAUGAAUAGAAAGAGUUUGAAAUGAUAUGAAAAACAGAAAGGAAGCUGACUUGAUACACGAGAUGAAUGUGUUUACUUUCGAUGUGUUCUCAGACAUCCUGUUUGGCGAUGACGUCAAAGAGCUAGUUACGAAGCUAUAUCCAUAUGAGAACCCUGAUGGAACAACAGAGAUGAUCGAGCUUAGAGAAAUACUCAUUAGGUUACUAAAAGCUUAUAUGAAUCAUAUCUUUCAUCCUUUAUGCUAUGUGUUUACAUUUAUCAAAGAAAUGGGUCUUGUUAAUCCUUUUAAGAGAGAUACUAAGAAUAGAAAUACCUUCAAGAAAGCAAUCUUUGAUAUUGUCAAGAACUCAAAAGAGCAGAAGACUGCCUACCAUAUCUUCAAUGACCCUAUUGCUGAUGAAGAGACCAAGCUCGAUGAAGUCUGUGCGAUACUUGUUGCAGGAUCUGAGACCACAUCUCACUCCUUGGUGGCUUGCUGAUACUUUUUGAACAAAUAUCCAGACACUCUGAAGAAGUUGAGACAAGAACUCCAAGAGAAUGGACUUGGAAAAGGAGCUAACUUUGCUGAAGCUUGCACAAUGGAGAAGAUCCAGAGUCUGACAUACCUUAACUGCUGAGUAAAAGAGGCUUUAAGAUGUGAUAUUGUUUUAGCUCAAAGUUUUUCUUAUUCUCCUAAAGAAGAUAUCCAGAUAUGAAAUGUACCGAUCCCAAAGGGAACGCAAAUCAGAAUAGAUCUUGUAUCGAGUCAUUUUGAUAGCGACAAAUGGCUUGAUGAGUAUGAAUUCAUCCCUGAAAGACAUGACCUAGAGUCGGAGUACUUUGCUAAGCUUAAGCAAUCAGGGAAGAAGCCUGAAACUUACUCCCGUAGAUCCUUUAGCCAUGGCAUGAGGAAGUGUCCAGGGCAGACUUUUGCAAUGCUUGAGAUGAAGGUAGCCAUUGCUUAUAUUGUGACUCACUUGGAUCUGAAGUUCAAAGAGGAAGAUCUACAGAAUGAGAACAUUGGAUUCGGACUUGGAAGUCAUUUAUCUCCUAUUGUAGAGGUGCAAGAGCUUUAAGAUAUGAGCCUAUUCAAUCUGAA